GCGAUAAGUAGUGGAGGUGGUUGUGACAUAUCUUAAAACUUUUCGCGUGAACUUUUUUACGUUCGCAGCGUCACCGAUUUCGAGAUAUGACUUCGAGUCGGGGGUUCGUAAAGUUCGUGAUUUUUGUUUCGUGGCUCUUAGUAACUUUUUCUUUUUCUUCGGCAGUUGAAGUUAGCAUGAAAGGAAAUAGCCAUAUUACUUAUGAUCUUCGUUCCGACAGCAUCACGACAGAAGAAGACAGGAUUACGUUUUCUUUUAAAACGAUUCAUCCCUUCGGAUUAUUUCUUCAUAGCGCAGGUUCUCAAGGUGACUUAAUUACGAUUGAACUCGUCCAUGGACGCAUUAGGUGAGUUAAAAAUAAAAAUGCAUGACUUAUUUUAAGCUAAUAAUUCACUUUAAAAGAGACUAUUUCUUUUUUUAUUUCUUUUUGUAAGACGUAGUUUGUCCACAAAAACUCGUAGCUUGCGAAGCGGAACAAAGAUUAUCUACUUUGGUUGAUUUAAUUGCAUUGAAUAGAGGUGAAAAUUAGACAACUAAAGAAGUGUCAGCCCUGUUUUCAAAAAUUGAUUUCUGACACAGUCUUGAUUGCAAGAUUUAUAACAACGUUAAACUUGCAACACAUCUAUUCUAAUCAAUGAUAUGGCGAAAUUUUGCAAGUAUUGAAAAAAACUCAUCCUGAUUAAGAAAAAAAGUGUUUCUUUCACACUCAGUUCUAAAUGCUAAUAGUUCAGCUGUUUUGGCUUUGUUUAUAAAUGCCCAUAGAAAAGCGUAUUUUUAAAUUAAGCGAGGAGCGAUGGGCUUUGCUUCUUUUUUCACCAGUCUCCAUCAGGUACAUUCAGACUGAAUAUUCAAAGCAUCAUCACGUUCCUCAAAAACGUCUGACCUGAUUUUAUGCAAGCUAUUAUUAUUUUUUCGCUUAUGAUUUCCAAGUGAUAAAUUAACUACUUUAUAAACUAUGCAAAAGCAUGCACCGUGCAAAAUUAAUCAACAGAAAAGCAAGGAUCUACUAAAGAAAGGAUUAUUUUUCAAAAAUUCAAUUUUUAUGAUUAAAUAUCAAAGACAUUUUUAUAAGCUUCAUUUUUCCAAGACUAUUUCACUAAAAUAUACCCACCUAGAGAUAAUUUUAAGAGUGUAAUGCCGUAUGUUGAGUCAGGCCAUAAUUUAUUGAAUACGAUCCUAAGCUACGUGAUAAUUGCGUUGUCUAUUAGAUAGAUAGACAACAAAUAAGAGUGUGCCGUUCUAACGUAUGCUAACAUGCCCGCUUGCCGUCACACUAAGACCUCUUUUCAACUUCGAAAUCCAUUUCAACUCACGCCCAAUGAGAAAUAUCUACUUAGCCCUAGGCCGGCUUACUUUACAAUUAAUCUCAGAAACCUAUCACGAACGCUAACAUGGAUUCAGAACUGAAUUUGUGAAAGGGGAUGUCUGAUGUCGGCGAUAGAUUUCCCAAAAGACUGCAGUAUUGGUACCAAGGAUAGAAACCCUAUACAGUUUCUUUUGUCGUCAGUGUAUUUUAACAUCGGUAGUUACAUGAAAAGGGUCCUUUUAUUUUUGAAAAGCGGAAUAUUUCAAUUAUAUGGUAAUUAAUUUUUCUAAGAAUACAAAAACAUGCCGAGAGGUGUUUAAUUAUUAACAUUUUACCGCGAGUGCUAUAAAAGAGGUCCUAAAGACUCUUCAACCGGAAAAUCAAUGAGGGACGUCAGCGAACUGUUGACAACACAAAACAACCAAAACAUUUUUUUUUUNCAAAGACAUUUUUAAAAGCUUCAUUUUUCCAAGACUAUUUCACUAAAAUAUACCCACCUAGAGAUAAUUUUAAGAGUGUAAUGCCGUAUGUUGAGUCAGGCCAUAAUUUAUUGAAUACGAUCCUAAGCUACGUGAUAAUUGCGUUGUCUAUUAGAUAGAUAGACAACAAAUAAGAGUGUGCCGUUCUAACGUAUGCUAACAUGCCCGCUUGCCGUCACACUAAGACCUCUUUUCAACUUCGAAAUCCAUUUCAACUCACGCCCAAUGAGAAAUAUCUACUUAGCCCUAGGCCGGCUUACUUUACAAUUAGUCUCAGAAACCUAUCACGAACGCUAACAUGGAUUCAGAACUGAAUUUGUGAAAGGGGAUGUCUGAUGUCGGCGAUAGAUUUCCCAAAAGACUGCAGUAUUGGAACCAAGGAUAGAAACCUUAUUACAGUUUCUCUUGUCGUCAGUGUAUUUUAACAUCGGUAGUUACAUGAAAAGGGUCCUUUUAUUUUGAAAAGCGGAAUAUUUCAAUUAUAUGGUAAUUAAUUUUUCUAAGAAUACAAAAACAUGCCGAGAGGUGUUUAAUUAUUAACAUUUUACCGCGAGUGCUAUAAAAGAGGUCCUAAAGACUCUUCAACCGGAAAAUCAAUGAGGGACGUCAGCGAACUGUUGACAACACAAAACAACCAAAACAUUUUUUUUUUUCACAACACACAGAAUUCCCUGUUCAAAAGGAAACAUCUGUAUAAUUAAGCCAUACCGCAUAGUUUUGUUUUUACAACAAAUUCUUUUUUUCUUUUCUAAUAUGCAAGACAUUCUCGUCUCACUGGCCUCCCUUUUUUUACAUGCGCCGUGUAUUACACCGGAUACAAGUAGGUAACUGGGAAAAGAAAUUCAUUCGCUCACGCUUUCGUGUUCAGCUUCCUAAUUGUAGAGACCCAAAAUAAAUACCUUCCACAAAUCACCUCCAGUGAAGGGACUUAACUAGCAAUCGUGCAUCUCGUCUCAGUACCAGCUUCAUUUUCGCUGGUUUGUGAAUCCUAAAUUAGGUGCGAGAAAACGUUGCAAAGCGAACAUUAAAAAAAUUGAGGCCUAUCCUCAUUUACUUCAUGCCAUGAGGGGUCUCUUUCAUUUAAUGUUAAUGCAAAGGGUUCUUGGAUAGUAUGCCUAACUUUUUUAAUAUCAGUUUUAUAUACAGAAAUUUAAAAUCAAGUAUAGACCAGAUUACGUCAAUCAGAAAACGUCAAAUUGCACCAAAACGACCAAUGUUUCCUUUGACUCCUGUUUUUACGUCGGGUAAACCCAAAAAAUUAUUUUAAAUAUUUAAGCCCCUCAUCGCAUAAUUUGAGAAGCCUGAAUAACGGCGAUCGUCAGAUUCUAGCUUCAUUCUGAAACUUUCUUUUCAUGUAAACUUUGUAAACCUCACUAAUCAUAAGCCGCCAGACAAUACCUACCUUUGCCAUAGAAAAACAAUUAUAUCAAACAUUCUAAACAAUGCUUUAAAAAACAAAGUGAAGUGGGUCUGAAAUACGUGCCUGUAGCGUGGGACUCGUUUUCCUUCCAUGUGCAGUAAACCAGGCAAUAGGUAAAGUAAAACACAAAAGUAGAAACCCUAUUCCGAAACUGUAAAAUAUCUUUGGGGUGCUGUUUUUUUUUUUGCCUGCAGUUUUUUUUCCUUCAUUUUAUAGUACAUAAAGAGAUAUACUCACUGAAAAGCUUUGUCGUAAUUUUUCAUACGCAAAUGAAAUCUAGCCAAUCUGAGGAGCGAGUGAUAUUUCCAUAUUCGACAAAAAAUAUACGUCCAAUCAGAAUUGCGAAAGAUGUUUUUUUCAUGUGUGAGGAAAAUGAUACGUCCAAUCAAGAGACUCAGAGGUGUGCUAGUCUCGCACCACCAUUCCCGCCUCUUGCAGCUUGCUUUGAGUGCUGAGACUAUACAGUAGAGUAUUUUCAAAGGGAAAAACAUCUCGGAAAUUGUAGUGGAAGGUUUGGUAUAUUUCACUGUCGAUAAAGAAAAUUGUAGAGUACCAAAAAAAAAAAAGACAACAGCAAAAGCGGAAGGGGGGGGGGGGGAAGAGAAAGAAACGAUUUGGAUUUGGAUUUUUUUAUAUUUUUGAAAUAAAAUGUUGUGUGUUGUUGUGUUGUUUUAGUUUUUACAAAAUACCAAAUGGCAAGUGCUUAUUUUUUUUUUUGCCUGUAGUUUUUUUUCCUUCAUUUUAUGGUACAUAAAGAGAUAUACUCACUGAAAAGCUUUCUCGUAAUUUUUCAUACACAAAUGAGAUCUAGCCAAUCUGAGGAGCGAGCGAUAUUUCCAUAUUCGACAAAAAAUAUACGUCCAAUCAGAAUUGCGAACGAUGUUUUUUCAUGUGUGAGGAAAAUGAUACGUCCAAUCAAAAGACUCAGAGAUGUGCUAGUCUCGCGCCACCAUUUCCGCCUCUUGCAGCUUGCUUUGAGUGCUGAGACUAUACAGUAGAGUAUUUUCAAAGCGAAAAACAUCUCGGAAAUUGUAGUAGAAGGUUUGGUAUAUUUCACUGUCGAUGAAGAAAAUUGUAGAGUACCAAAUAAAAAAAGACAACAGCAAGAGCGGAAGGGGGGAAAAGAGAACGAGACGUAUUGAGCUUGGCAUUUUGGAAAGAUCUGAAAUGAAAGGCUGGCAGAUUGAUGCAUGUCUCAGUAUGUACAAAAUACCACAUGGAAAGUGCUUUUAACGUUUUUUACGCACUCGUUGUUUUUGAAUCUCACUCGUUCGUCGUGCUCAUUCGUUUGCUGGGCUCGAUUUCUGAUACAUCAACAGCUGGUGCAUAAAUGCCGUACGUGCGCACUUUCCAUGAAGUAUUCCAUAUAAAUUUCACGUUGAGGUUUUUUUGCGUGCUUAUUUUUCAGACCGAUUCUGUGUGUCUGGAUGUUAGAUGAAAUACUGCGCGUUGUGUUUGUUUGUCACUAGUAGCAUAUCCUGCGAGCAAGCUCCCCAUUUGAGGGAUAUCGUGAAAAGUCACGCACACGCGCAAGUGGCACGCUUACGCAGGCAAGCGUGCCGCAAGCGUGAGAGAAGACACGAGAGUAAGGGGCGCCCAAAUGAAGAACUUGCUUGCAGGCUACUUAUACCGUGACUUCUCUCUUUACCUCCUUAGACUCACCAUGGACCUUGGCAGCACAAAACGCAUUUCUGUCAUUCUCGGAGACAACCUCUCGGACAACAAAUGGCACGAAAUCAAAGUCCAUCGAAACCAAAAAACUGUGGAUCUUGCAAUUGACAAACUCAAACGUCAAACAACGGUACCAGGUGACAAUGUGCGCCUUGACCUUGAUACCACCUUAUAUGUUGGGGGCCUGGAGGAGACUGCCUCGGAUUACGAUGACUCUUUAACUACACCGAAUUUUAAUGGCUGUAUGAAAAAUUUGUUCUUCAAUCAUAAGGAUAUUUUCCACAGCGUUAAGGUGGACCAGUCUGAUAACAACAAGCAUGGCGAUGUACGAUUUAAUUGUUCCUCUGUCGAAUAUGCUCCUGUAAAUUUCCCAUCGCCANCCUUAGACUCACCAUGGACCUUGGCAGCACAAAACGCAUUUCUGUCAUUCUCGGAGACAACCUCUCGGACAACAAAUGGCACGAAAUCAAAGUCCAUCGAAACCAAAAAACUGUGGAUCUUGCAAUUGACAAACUCAAACGUCAAACAACGGUACCAGGUGACAAUGUGCGCCUUGACCUUGAUACCACCUUAUAUGUUGGGGGCCUGGAGGAGACUGCCUCGGAUUACGAUGACUCUUUAACUACACCGAAUUUUAAUGGCUGUAUGAAAAAUUUGUUCUUCAAUCAUAAGGAUAUUUUCCACAGCGUUAAGGUGGACCAGUCUGAUAACAACAAGCAUGGCGAUGUACGAUUUAAUUGUUCCUCUGUCGAAUAUGCUCCUGUAAAUUUCCCAUCGCCAGAUAGUUACUUGAAAGUUACAAGUCGUUCCCCAAAAAGCUUCAAAGUUGAUCUAAGUUUUCGUACCUAUGAAGGCGAUGGCGUUUUAGUUUAUAAAUCAAACAGGGUCUCCAAGAUGUACCUCAUGCUUAUUUCGGGAAAUCUGGAACUACAAAUUCAAAUGGGAAGUAAUCCAGCAAUUAGAAUUAACUGCGUUGAUGAAACCUUGAACGACGGAAAAUGGCACACGGUCAUCGCUGGAGUAACAAGCAAAGAAAUAUGGUUUCAACUGGAUAAAAACGCAGAGGUACGCCAUGAAAAUCCUGAGUUGUCGAAUAUCGGUGAUUUUAGAAGUGGCGUUUUUAUCGGUUUUGGGACGCAAAAAACGGGCUUCGUUGGAUGUAUGAACCGGAUUACCAUUAAUGGCAGUCCUGUGAUAUGGAACACCUUGAAAGAUUCUCAAAAGAACGGUGCGGUAGACAAUGAGUGCCGCACGUCUUCAAAGUGCUUUCCUAGUCCCUGUAAAAACCAAGGCAAGUGUUCGCAAACGUGGAAAUCUUUCAAGUGCAAUUGUAAAGGAACAUUUUAUGAAGGAGAACGUUGUGAAGUUCCGCUCUACAGCGCUACCUGCCAAGGAUACAAGGAACUGGGUAUGACCCAGGAUGCGUACUGUAAAGUGGACCCUGACGGAACUGGACCUUUAGGAGCCUUGGAUGUGUUAUGCAAUAUGACGACUUCCGAACAAGCCAUGACGGUAAUAAAACACGACAAGGAGGGUAAACGUGCCGUAACUUUAGGCGCUUUAAGCCUACCGGGUCAUCAUUUUCAAUUUAUUACUUAUCAAAGCAACAUGAAAAGUGUGCUUGCGCUAAUCAAGCGCAGUGUGAGCUGCCGACAGUUUAUUAGCUUUCAGUGUCAGAAUUCCAAACUUCUCAAUUCGCCGCGGGGUCCUGAGCAUGUGCAGUGGAAGUCAUGGAACGGUAGCUUACAAAACAACUGGGGAGGCGCGCCAUCUGGAAGUGGAAAAUGCGCAUGCGGAAAGAGCAAUUCUUGUGAUGACCCUUCUAGGUACUGCAACUGUGACGCAGAUAGGAAAAAUGGACCACGAGAAGAUUAUGGUGAGUUAUAACCGCAACCUGAGCACUACAUAUUUAAAACGAGCUCCUUAGCGCCCAAAAAAUUUCGCAGGGAUGGGUAGAAAGACGGGUAUUUACUUUCGGUGAUUUUUUCUGACGAGCGCCACAGUGGUUACAAAGCGACAAAGAUAUCGCGCAUUCAGAGAUUUGGUGUCAUCGGAAUUCACUAAAACUUUGCGACUCAAUUUGCAAUCUGUCCGCGUCAAAUACACUUUGUCUCGUUCCUUCGGUUACCUUCACGGCAGAAAAUAUAGAACUAUAUUGUUCAGAGUCUACUCUUGUCGUACGGCAAAUCCCCCAUAAAAUGAGUGAAAAGAUGAUUUCAGGGUGUACAAACCACUCUAACCGCGUGAAUCUCACGCAGAGCUGUACAGUAAGUGUAGAUGCUUCUUUCUUUGUGGUGAUAGUUAGACGAUACGGCGCCAUUGAGGAUUUUCUAUUAAUUACUUAACCCCCCAGCCCUGUAGUCAUUCUUACAUUUUCUCACCAACUUAAUAAUUCGAAUGACAAGUGUUAUAUGUAUCUUGUUCACAGGGUAUUUAACAGAUAAAUCAUUAUUACCAGUGACUAUGAUACAGUUUUCCGAAGACGCCGCGAACUCCUUUUUCACUCUCGGACCAUUAGAAUGCUUCGGUUCCUCAGAUCAGACCUCUGGUCAGGUGACCAGAGCCAGCUUUGUCUCCUCUGUAUGCAAGUUAGUCAAUCCACCUCCCACAGUCGAUAGCACUACAGCGACAAGCGUGCCCAUCACUUCCCCACAGCGCGCAGUCACGAAUCCUCGAGCAAAGGAAACAUCCAUUGCCACGUUCACAACAACUACAGGUAAAUUUACAAAUACUGAACUUGCCAAACACCACGUGACCUUGACGACUACUAUCGCAACCGAUAAAAACUCAACUCUGGUGACAUCAGUGAUUAGUCAUGAAGCCAAGAAUGAUGGCGUGACAGUUCAUUCUUCCAUUACUACAGGUAAGAGUGGUGUGACGGUCCAUUCGAGCAUCACGACUCAAGGCGAGACUGUCACGCUUCCUCCCGUGACAACGGCUCGACCCGGGCCUCCUAGAGUGGUGGUGAUUACCAAUGGAAGCGUUUCUUACGUCACUCACGUCAAGGGAGGGAUAGAGUACGAUGCCAGGUUUAUAAUCUUGAUCACUUCUACUGUGCUCGCCUUCAUUUUGCUCAUUUGGGUGAUAAUAUUCGUUUUCCUCAAGCGUUCGGGCCGCAACUACGUUUGGUGCAUUUCCUGUAGGAGCUGCGCAAAAAGUAAAAAUAUCCCGGAUAUUGAGGUGUACCGUCACUCCAUCCGCACUGAUUCCCCGGAUGAGCUGACGCUGGAUGACAUGAAUCAUGACUCUGGAGAGGUUGGGAACUACAAAAUAACCAACGGACAAACGGUAUACCAUUCAGUUCGAGACUCGCAUGUUAGGAAAUACGUAUCCUUCUCUGCUUCAACUUCCAAACUGUAA